UGCAUUUGUUAAGAGCUAAGCAAAUAUUCUAAAAUGUCAGGCUAUACGGUGGUUAAUAUACUCGUACUAUCACUGGUACUCCAAAGUCUGGCUGAGAAUCUUUGCAGACAGGAUCUCUGUCCCACAGGAACCACCCAUAUAGCGUGUCAGAAUGUAAACGGAUCCUUUAGCAGCUCAUGUCCCAAAGACGCCAGCGUGAUUAAACUGAAUCUUAAGGAUAGGAAACUUCUGGUCAAGGCGCACAAUUUGGUGAGACAAAAGUGGGCUAGUGGCCAGGGUAAGAUUAAGCGGACCGCCUGCAAAAUGGCCAAAAUCGAAUGGAACAAGGAUCUGGAGAAGUUGGCGCUCUUGAAUGCCAAAACCUGUGUUAUGGCCCAUGAUGCGUGUCACAAUACCGAGCAGUUUCCACAAUCUGGUCAGAGUCUCUAUGUGGCCACAUAUUCGCUUGGGAUAAAUGUGACGUCAGAGGUGAUCCUCGAGUCGGCAGUGAAGUGGUGGGCAGGCGAGGAAAAGGACAUUGCUGCCGAGGACCUGGAGAAAUUUAACCCUUACAAACUAGCAUUGAUUGGCCACCUGACCGUGUUGAUCAACGAGCACAAUUCUGCCGUGGGCUGUGGCUUGGUGUCCUAUAAGUUGGGUCAAUUCAGGCGUUACAACCUGGCCUGCAACUACGGGUAUACCAAUGUUAUUGGUCAACCUGUUUACGGCGAGUGCGCCAAGGCCGGCAGUGCGUGCCCAAAGGGCAUUGACCCCAGGUAUGCGCCGCUCUGCGCUUAAAUGCAAAUGUUUAAAUACACUUCAAGCAAUUCAAUCUGAA